AUGGCAAUCACUGAUAAAAUUCACCCGGUCUACAGCCUCUGGUUCCUCUGGGUCGACCCCAUCCUGACUCUCAUCGGGAUGUACGUCAACUUUAUCGACCACGAUCUCGCCAUGCAGGCCUUCUUCACAAAUUACCCACCAACCGACCACUUCCGCUGUUUCAUCUACCAGAUCGGCGGCAUGGGCACGUCAUACCUAAUCAUCCUCGUCGUGCUCCUGCGCUACACGCACGACAUCUUCAUCUGGAAGACAGUGCAGGCAGCUAUCCUACCAGCGGACUUUACCAUGCUCACGGCCAUAUACAUCGGCAUGCGCAUCUCUGGCAACUUGGCUAUUGCAGAUUGGCGCUGGGAGGAUUGGUUCAGUAUUGUUGUCACGGGUAUUUGUACAGUUCUCAGGAUCGCGUUUGUCAUGGGUUUUGGGGUCAAGGAUGCGAGGGGGAGAGCCAAGAGGGCUUAG